ACCCACUGCCCUGAUACCUGAUACAUGAUGCAAGGUGGAGCAUUUAUCAACAAGAAGCAGCCUUUCUUUUCCUUUUCGUCACUGGAGGUGUUUGGAGCCCUUUGCCAACUGUCACCUACGACACAGCCAGCACCGAACAGGGCGGAUGGACGGCUCCUGGUCCUGAGACCCCAUGUGAGGCUGGCGGAAGUGGCCCUGGGACAGCGAGAUGCCCUCGGAGCGCAGGGACGUCCUGGUGCUACUCCCCACGCGGGAACGGCUGCGGCUGGCUGUGGGGGUGCAGGCUGCCGGGCACGAGCUCUUCCAGCAGGUGUGCGACCUGGCCGGCAUCAGAGAAGCCCACUUCUUUGGCCUCAGUGUGAUAAGAAACAGCGAGCACGUCUUCAUGGAUCUGGAGCAGAAGCUCAGCAAAUACUUCUCAAAGGACUGGAAGAGAGAAAGGCAUAGACCCCAGGGAAGCGGCAGGCCCGGGGCCCCCUUCGUGGCCUUCCUCAGGGUGCAGUACUACGUGGAAAACGGAAGGCUUAUCAGCGACAGGACGGCCAGGCACCUGUACUACUGCCACCUGAAGGAGCGGGUGCUGCGGUCCCAGUGCGCCCACCGGGAGGAGGCCUACUUUCUGCUGGCUGCCUACGGGCUGCAGGCCGACCUGGGCAAUUUCCGCGAGCCAGCACACUCGGGCCGCUACUUUGAGCCGCAGGCCUACUUCCCGCAGUGGGUGAGGCCCCUCUCUCCAUCCUGGCCGCCACCCCCAGGGGCGGGGGGGGGACCCCGGGCUGGAGGGGGAGCAGGCUGGACAGAUGGCUGGCGGCUCCCUCCUCAGAUCAUCACCAAGAGGGGCAGCGCCUACAUCCUCAGGCACGCGCCCACCCUGCACCGUGAGCAGGGGGGCCUGAGCCCCAAGGAGGCCGUGCUGCGCUUCAUCCGGGAGGCCUGCCGGCUGGAGGACGUGCCCGUCCAUUUCUUCAGGCUGUACAAGGAUAAGAAGGAGGACCGACCUACCAUUGUCCUGGGACUGACCCUCAGAGGGGUGCAGGUCUAUCAGGAGGUGAACCGCGCUCCGCAGCUGCUCUACGACUUCCCCUGGCGCCACAUCGGGAAGCUGGCCUUCCUGGGCAAGAGGUUUGAGCUCUGGCCGGACGGGCUGCCCGCGGCCCGGAAGCUGGUGUACCGCACGGGCUGUUCCUGGCGCUCCCGCCACCUGCUGCACCUGCUCAGUAGCAGCCACCAGCUGCACCUGACCCUGCAGCCCGCGCUGCAGCGGCUGCGGCAGCUGGAGGAGGCCCAAGAGAAGAAGUGCUACCGGGAGUCCUGCGUCAGCGACGUGCUAGAGCUGGACCUGGACCUGGACCUGGCCAGCAGGGCGUCCCCCGGCUCCCCUGGCAGCGGGGACAAUAGGGACGGAGGCUGGCGUCCCCCGCACCGCCUCUCGCUCCUCUCGUCUGGCAGCCACUGCAGCUCCCGCUCGUCGGGCAUCGAGGCCGACUCCCAGCUGGCGGAGCCCGUGGAGCCCGGGGAGAUGUCGGUGGAUGAGCCCAUCGUCGGGGCUGCCGCGCUCCACGGGGAGGAGCCGCCCAGCAGCUCCAGGACCAGCCAGAGCAGCCGUGGCACAGUUGGUGGUGGCAGAGGUGGGCCUGAGGGCGACACCCGGGACCAGGGGGAAGCCUCUCCCCAGCAGCCCUUGGCCGCGGUGCGGGUCACACUGGUGAGCACGACGGGCCCGAGCGCUGAGGCCCUGCACCAGGUGCCGGAGGCCCGGGCGGCAGCCGACCCCGCGGCCCCGCGCAACCGCAGCGUGGACGACGCGCGCCCCGCCCCGCGUCCCGCCCCGCGCCGCGCCCCGCGCCCCGCCCCGCGCAGCUGCCCCCUCCGCCGCGCGCUGGACCCCGGGCCGAGGAGGUCCGUGAACUCCCGCUCCCUGGACCUGCUCGGAGAAGACCACCACCCUGAGGAGUUUGUGGUGUAG